AUGCACAGCGUGAUGUCUCAAUUUACUCUCCCAGAUGCCAAAAAACCAUACAGAAACCCCCCAACCCCUAGCGCCAAGCCCCGGAAUGUGCGGCUACUGCUUCCUCUAGUAGCUACAAUUGGUCUCGGGUUUGGCAUCUAUAACUACUAUGUCGCAGUCAAGUCACGUCGGGAACUAUCUAUGCUGGAAGAACAGGAACGCCUGGUGCGAAAUCAACAGCUGAUGGACGCAUACGGUGACAAGAACAGUCUGCGUGAUGUCCAGCAAGCACUUGACACCUACAAUGUUCAUUGA